AGCGGGUGUCACUAUCGAAAGUGGGCUCGCGCGGCCGCUUCCUGUUUUUAUGUAGGGGCGGCUGGGCCGGGCUGGGCCGGUGUGUGGCGGCGGCGGCACCGGGAGCGGCGGUUGGGCGGAGGAGGGGCCAGCCGCCAUGGCGGUCUCCGAGAGCCAGCUCAAAAAAAUGCUGGCGAAGUAUAAGUAUAGAGACCUAACUGUACAGGAGACAACCAGUGUUAUUACUCGGUACAAGGACCUCAAACCUGUCAUGGAUUCAUAUGUUUUUAACGAUGGCUCAUCUAGGGAGUUGAUGAGCCUCAGUGGAACCAUUCCUGUGCCUUACAGAGGUAACACAUACAAUAUCCCGAUUUGCUUGUGGCUGCUGGACACCUAUCCUUUCAACCCCCCAAUUUGUUUUGUUAAACCCACUAGCUCUAUGACAAUAAAAACUGGGAAGCAUGUUGAUGCAAAUGGAAAGAUAUACCUUCCUUAUCUGCAUGAGUGGAAAUAUCCCCAGUCAGACUUGCUAGAACUAAUUCAGGUCAUGAUUGUUGUGUUUGGUGAGGAACCUCCAGUCUUUUCUCGGCCAACAGCUUCAUCGAGCUACUCACCAUACCAGGCAACAGGCCCACCAACUACUUCCUAUGUGCCGGGCAUCCCAGGUGGAAUACCUACCUAUCCAGCAGGAAGCACUCCAAACCCAAGCUACCCAAGCUUUCCUUAUCCGGGUGGUGUUACAUUUCCAGCAACCACUAGUGUUCAGUACUACCCUUCUCAGCCUCCUGUGACUACUGUUGGACCCAGCAGAGAUGGAACUAUCAGUGAAGAUACCAUUCGAGCUUCCCUUAUUUCGGCAGUCAGUGAUAAACUGAGAUGGCGGAUGAAAGAAGAAAUGGAUCGUGCACAGGCUGAACUCAACGCCUUGAAACGGACAGAAGAGGACCUGAAGAAAGGACACCAGAAACUGGAAGAGAUGGUAACUCGCUUGGAUCAAGAAGUGGCUGAAGUUGACAAGAACAUUGAACUUCUCAAGAAGAAGGAUGAGGAGCUCAGUUCUGCCUUAGAGAAAAUGGAAAGUCAGUCAGAAAAUAAUGACAUAGAUGAAGUUAUUAUUCCUACGGCACCACUUUACAAGCAGAUCCUGAACUUAUAUGCAGAGGAAAAUGCAAUUGAAGACACCAUCUUCUAUCUUGGGGAAGCAUUGAGACGUGGAGUGAUAGAUCUAGAUGUCUUUUUAAAGCAUGUACGUCUUCUGUCUCGCAAGCAGUUCCAGCUGAGGGCAUUAAUGCAGAAAGCAAGGAAGACUGCUGGACUCAGUGAUCUCUAUUAAAUUCUCAGACUUUAACUGGGAAAUUAGACUUCCGUAUGAAGCAGCCAUUCUCUUGAUAUUUCUCUUAAUCAGUAGGUGCCCAGAAUAAGUUAUUACAUUAUUCAAGUGUAAGAUAUUUUGAAUCAAUAAUAUAUUUUCUUUUUGGUAAAGACUAGCUUUUAUUAAUGCACUUUCUAUCUUCUGUAAUCUUUGUGCUGGUGGACUUACGCUGAAUAAAACUUGUUGCAUAUUUUCUUCCUCUACAAAA